UGUGCUGCUGAGGCGCUUCCUCGGGCUCGCCGGGUGGGAGGAGAGGAGGAGGAGGAGGUGGAGGAGGAGGAGGCAGAGAGGGUGGAGAGAGAAAGCCACGCCGAGAGGAGGUGUGGGUGUUCCGCUUCCAUCCUAACGGAACGAGCUCCCGCUUCGCAGCAUGGGAUUACCCGGCGGCUUCUGACCCCGCUCCUCACCCUGCGCCCCGAAACCGCCGUGGCUCCCCGGGCAGCAAGGAGCUGACUGCUGCGCGCAGGACUCGCACCCCUGGCGGGACACGUUCUGGCAGCGGAGUGCCUGGCCGGGGCCAGGCUUUUCGAGAAAGACAUGUCUGACAAGAUGUCGAGUUUCCUGCACAUCGGGGACAUAUGCUCCCUGUACGCGGAGGGAUCGACAAAUGGAUUCAUCAGCACGUUGGGGCUGGUCGACGAUCGCUGUGUUGUGCAGCCGGAAACUGGAGACCUAAACAAUCCGCCCAAGAAGUUCAGAGACUGCCUGUUCCGGCUCUGCCCCAUGAACCGCUACUCGGCGCAGAAGCAGUUCUGGAAGGCGGCCAAGCCGGGCGCCAACAGCACCACGGACGCCGUGCUGCUCAACAAGCUGCACCACGCGGCCGACCUGGAGAAGAAGCAGAACGAGACGGAGAACAGGAAGCUGCUGGGGACCGUCAUCCAGUACGGCAACGUGAUCCAGCUCCUGCAUCUGAAAAGUAACAAGUACCUGACUGUGAACAAGAGGCUGCCGGCCCUGCUGGAGAAGAACGCCAUGCGAGUGACGCUGGACGAGGCGGGGAACGAGGGCUCCUGGUUCUACAUCCAGCCCUUCUACAAGCUGCGGUCCAUCGGGGACAGUGUGGUCAUAGGCGACAAGGUUGUGCUGAACCCGGUCAACGCGGGCCAGCCCCUGCACGCCAGCAGCCACCAGCUGGUCGAUAACCCCGGCUGCAACGAGGUCAAUUCCGUCAACUGCAACACCAGCUGGAAGGUCGUGCUGUUCAUGAAGUGGAGCGACAACAAGGAGGACAUACUCAAGGGGGGCGACGUGGUGCGGCUGUUCCACGCCGAGCAGGAGAAGUUCCUCACCUGCGACGAGCACCGGAAGCAGCAGCACGUCUUCCUGCGGACGACCGGCCGGCAGUCGGCCACGUCGGCCACCAGCUCCAAGGCCCUGUGGGAGGUGGAGGUGGUCCAGCACGACCCGUGUCGGGGAGGCGCCGGGUACUGGAACAGCCUCUUCCGGUUCAAGCACCUGGCCACCGGGCACUACCUGGCCGCAGAGGUAGACCCUGACUUUGAGGAAGAAUGCCUGGAGUUUCAGCCCCCAGCGGACCCCGACCAGGACGCCUCCCGCAGCCGGCUGCGCAACGCCCAGGAGAAGAUGGUGUACUCCCUGGUGUCCGUGCCGGAGGGCAAUGACAUCUCCUCCAUCUUCGAGCUGGACCCCACCACCCUCCGCGGCGGCGACAGCCUGGUCCCCAGGAACUCCUACGUGCGGCUCAGACACCUGUGCACCAACACCUGGGUGCAUAGCACCAACAUCCCCAUCGACAAGGAGGAGGAGAAGCCUGUGAUGCUGAAGAUCGGCACCUCGCCCGUGAAGGAGGACAAGGAGGCGUUCGCCAUCGUGCCGGUCUCCCCUGCGGAGGUCCGGGACCUGGACUUCGCCAACGACGCCAGCAAGGUGCUGGGCUCCAUCGCGGGGAAGCUGGAGAAAGGCACCAUCACACAGAACGAGAGGAGGUCGGUGACCAAGCUGCUCGAAGACUUGGUGUACUUCGUCACCGGGGGGACCAACUCCGGUCAGGACGUGCUGGAGGUGGUCUUCUCCAAGCCCAACCGUGAGCGGCAGAAGCUGAUGCGGGAGCAGAACAUCCUCAAGCAGAUCUUCAAGUUGCUGCAGGCCCCGUUCACAGACUGCGGGGACGGCCCGAUGCUGCGGCUGGAGGAGCUGGGCGACCAGCGGCACGCCCCGUUCCGGCACAUCUGCCGGCUCUGCUACCGGGUCCUCCGGCACUCGCAGCAGGACUACAGGAAGAACCAGGAGUACAUCGCCAAGCAGUUCGGCUUCAUGCAGAAGCAGAUCGGCUACGACGUGCUGGCGGAGGACACCAUCACCGCCCUGCUGCACAACAACCGGAAGCUGCUGGAGAAGCACAUCACGGCGGCCGAGAUCGACACCUUCGUCAGCCUCGUGCGCAAGAACCGGGAGCCCAGGUUCUUAGACUACCUGUCCGACCUGUGUGUGUCCAUGAACAAGUCCAUCCCGGUGACCCAGGAGCUCAUCUGCAAAGCGGUGCUCAACCCAACCAACGCCGACAUCCUGAUCGAGACCAAGCUGGUCCUUUCCCGCUUUGAGUUCGAAGGGGUGUCCUCCGGGGAGAGCGCGCUGGAGGCGGGCGAGGACGAGGAGGAGGUGUGGCUGUUCUGGAGGGACAGCAGCAAGGAGACCCGCAGCAAGAGUGUGCGGGAGCUGGCGCAGGACGCCAAGGAGGGCCAGAAGGAGGACCGAGACGUGCUCAGCUACUACCGGUGCCUCUGGCUGGUGAACUCCGGCGAGGACGUGCUCGUGUUCUACAACGACCGGGCCUCCUUCCAGACGCUGAUCCAGAUGAUGCGGUCGGAGCGGGACCGCAUGGACGAGAACAGCCCGCUCAUGUACCACAUCCACCUGGUGGAGCUGCUGGCCGUGUGCACCGAGGGCAAGAACGUCUACACCGAGAUCAAGUGCAACUCCCUGCUGCCCCUGGACGACAUCGUGCGCGUGGUGACCCACGAGGACUGCAUCCCCGAGACCCGCCAGCCGGUCUUCGUGCAGCUGCUGCAGGGCGUGUUCCGCGUCUACCACUGCAACUGGCUGGCGCCCGGCCAGAAGGCCUCGGUGGAGGGCUGCAUCCGCGUGCUCUCCGACGUGGCCAAGAGCCGGGCCAUCGCCAUCCCCGUGGACCUGGACAGCCAGGUGAACAACCUCUUCCUCAAGUCCCACAACAUCGUGCAGAAGACGGCCCUGAACUGGCGGCUGUCCGCCCGCAACGCGGCGCGCCGGGACUCGGUGCUGGCCGCCUCCAGGGACUACCGCAACAUCAUCGAGAGGCUGCAGGACAUCGUCUCGGCGCUGGAGGACCGGCUGCGGCCGCUGGUGCAGGCCGAGCUGUCGGUGCUGGUGGACGUGCUGCACCGGCCGGAGCUGCUCUUCCCGGAGAACACGGACGCCCGGAGGAAGUGCGAGAGCGGGGGCUUCAUCUGCAAGCUGAUAAAACACACCAAACAGCUGCUGGAGGAGAACGAGGAGAAGCUGUGCAUUAAGGUCCUGCAGACGCUGCGGGAGAUGAUGACCAAGGACCGCGGCUACGGCGAGAAGCUCAUUUCCAUUGAUGAACUGGAGAACGCCGAGCUGCCGCAGGCCCCGGACCCCGAGAGCUCCACAGAGGAGGCCGAGCCGAGUCCGCCCCUGAGGCAACUGGAGGACCAUAAACGGGGUGAGGCGCUCAGGCAAAUUUUGGUCAACCGUUACUAUGGCAACGUCAGACCUUCGGGGAGAAGAGAGAGCCUCACCAGCUUCGGCAACGGCCCGCUGUCGCCCGGAGGACCCAGCAAGCCCGGGGGCGGAGGGGGCGGCUCCGGGUCCAGCUCCAUGAGCCGCGGCGAGAUGAGCCUGGCCGAGGUCCAGUGCCACCUGGACAAGGAGGGGGCCUCCAACCUGGUCAUCGACCUCAUCAUGAACGCGUCCAGCGACCGCGUGUUCCACGAGAGCAUCCUCCUGGCCAUCGCCCUUCUGGAAGGAGGCAACACCACCAUACAGACUCCAGAUGAAAUGCCACGGCUGAGCUCCAGCGCGCAGCCCCCGGGGAGGGGGUGCGUUUCCUCUCCGGGGAGCGUGUGCGCACCG